AUGGGAGACCCCACCACUUCUGCACCCCUAUCGCGCAGUGAACUCAAUGUGCAGAAUCAAGAUGAGCUGCGACUGGCGCAAAUGGGACACAAACAAGAGCUGAAACGACACUUCUCUGUUUGGAGCUUGAUCGGAUUGGCCGCCAACUGCACGAUCUCGUGGACGGGUCUCGGUCUGGGAUUGAUCACAGCAAUCAAUGCUGGAGGCCCGGGAGCAUUGAUUUACGGCUUCAUCCUCGUUUUCAUCCUGCAAUCAUUCGUCGGCGCAUCCCUUGCGGAAUUCGUCUCAGCCUACCCCGUUGAAGGAGGAAUGUACCACUGGAUUGCUGCCAUCGCACCCAAACGAUACAACAGUCUGCUGAGCUUUGCGACUGGAUGGUGCACUGUGUUUGGCUGGAUCUUCACAACUGCAUCCACAAACUUAAUUUACGCCACUACUGCCAUGGCAUUGAUUGCCUUGUACCACGAUGGCUUGGUUGUCCAACCAUGGAUGACAUUUGUCGCAUACCAGAUUCUCAAUGUCUUGACUGCCGGUGUGGUCAUGUUUGGCAAUCGGUUCAUUCCGAUGAUUAACAAGUUCUCCUUGGUGUAUCUACAGCUGGCUUGGUUCAUUACCAUGGUUGUGGUUGCUGCUUCAGCACCGGCGCACAAUGACAGUAAAUUUGUCUUCCGGACUUGGAUCAACAACACGGGCUGGGAUAAUAAUGUUAUUUGCUUCAUCACUGGAUUGGUGAAUCCGAUGUAUUCCCUGGGAGGAUUGGAUGGAAUAUCGCAUAUCACCGAAGAAAUGCCCAAUCCUGGCAGAAACGCCCCGUUGGGUCUAGCCAUCACACUCUCAAUCGCCUUUGUCACCGGACUAUCAUACCUCCUCAGUCUGAUGUUCUCAGUCCAAAACUACAGCAGUUUGGCCGACACGCACACUGGACUCCCUCUCGCCGAGCUCUUUUGGCAAGCAACGUCAACAAGGGGAGGGGCAUUUGGAUUGGUGUUCAUGGUGUGGGUUGCGCUCGGCCCUUGCGUGAUAGGAUCACAAUUGAGCACGGGGCGGGUAUUUUGGGCCUUUGCACGAGACGACGGUCUGCCAUUAUCGAAAAUUUGGGCACGAGUUCACCCGCGGCUUGGUUCCCCAUUCAAUGCACAGCUCUGUGUGGUAGUCAUUGUUGGCCUGCUAGGCUGUAUCUACUUGGGAUCCAGCACUGCUUUCAAUGCUAUGAUGAGCUCUGCCGUGACAAUCAACAACUUCGCGUUCCUGGUGCCAAUACUCACAAAUGUCUUACUGAGACGUCGCACCAUGCACCGUGGCCCGUUCUUCAUGGGGCAAACAGUUGGUAUGACUGUGAAUAUCGUAUCUGUGGCCUGGUUGAUCUUUGCCAUUGUAUUUUUCUCGUUCCCUUAUGAGAUGCCUGCAACUGUAUCCAACAUGAACUAUACUUGCGUUGUUGUUGGUGGAUUUUUGAUCAUUGAGCUUGCGUGGUGGCUCGUCGCUGGCAAACAGUAUUCCUUGACUGUACAACGGGCCAAAGAAGAAGUCCCUGUCAGCGAAAGCUCAGUACAGGGUAAAGACCUUGCAUGA